AUGGGAAUUGUUUCGAAAUACGAAUUACCAGAGGACUUUGAAGAAUAUAGAGGUGAUAACAUUGAAGAUCAACUCCCCGGCUACAAAUUUGCUUUGGCUAACCGCGAUCCACAACUCUUCUAUGCAUUUAAAGUUGAAAAAGAAGAAGAAACCGUCGAUGACUACAAGCAAGCCAUUGCAAAGACUCUAUCCAUUCCAUUAGAUAAUACACUUUUGAAAUCAACAACCUAUUUCAUUGUACAAACAACCAAUAAACAAUUGAUUGGUUACAAUAACAACAAAUGA